AUGACUGUUCUAUUAUUCCAUUAGAAUUUGUUGAUGAAAAUUAACUCUCUGCUACUGAAACCUUGAAACUAAUGUUGUUCUCAUUGAAAGGUGAUGAGACUGUAUUUACUUCGCAGAUGUAAGUGACGCUGCUACAUCUUAUAGAGUCAUUUAAAUUGAAUCAAAAUGCUUCCAUGGAAUGCUUCUUUCCAACAUCUAAGCAAAAUAUGUCUGAAUGAGCUGUAAAAUGCAAUGUAAUGUUAUUUUUGUUGGCAGUUUACUAGCAGUUAGCUAGGCGGCUAGUUGGUGAUGGCAGGAGGAUUUGGGGCGGUCCCAUAUUUACAUAUCAUGCAUAUUUAUAUCUGUUUGGAUUUGUAUUGAUGGAGUAAAUUGAUUUGUAAUGAGGGUGGGUAUAUUCAUCGAUUGUUUCUAGUAACUUAUUCGAGGGGGAAGGAAAACACAGUAUAAAAUUAGAGCUCCACUGACACUUUAACAAGAAGACCGCCAUCCGCUUUGGGUUUUUUUUGUUAUAAAACUAAGGCUGAGUGUCGAUUGACUACUAUUUGGAUAUGUAGUGCACUACGUAGAGCGUACUUCAUGCUUGAAAUAGGGCACUUGUGUAGCGUCUAGACAGCUAUUUUGCAUCGAGCCCGAACGAACAGUUGUCAGGCUGCUGUUGCUUUAAAAAUCCCGACACGCCGGUUGUUCGUUCAAGCUGCUGUAUAAUAUUGUUUUCAUUUCAUCCUCUCUGGUCGGGUCAUGGCUACUCGCUCUAUUGAAGAUUCCUUCCCUUUACACGGGCUGUUGCCGAAAAAGGAGACCGGCGCUGCUUCAUUCCUGACCAGGUUUCCUGAGUACGAUGGCCGGGGGGUGCUUAUCGCCAUCCUGGACACCGGGGUGGACCCGGGGGCGCCGGGCAUGCAGACCACUACAGAGGGCAAGCCUAAGAUUGUGGACAUCAUCGAUACGACGGGCAGUGGCGAUGUCAACAUGUCCACGGUGGCGGAGCCGAAAGAUGGAGAAGUGCUCGGGCUUUCUGGACGCACGCUCAAGAUCCCUUCUGCCUGGGUGAACCCAUCAGGAAAAUAUCGCAUCGGUGUUAAAAAUGGUUAUGAGUUUUUCCCCAAACCGCUCAAAGAGAGGAUACAGAAAGAGCGCAAGGAGAAGAUGUGGGACCCGGCCCACAGAGCAGCUCUCGCCGAGGCCAGUCGCAAGACGGAGGAGUUUGACCUUGCUCACCCCAACCCCUCACAGGUGGAGAAGCUGCAGAAGGAGGAGUUGCAGAGCCAAACUGAGCUGUUAGGCACCAUGGAGAAGAAGUACAGCGACCCUGGGCCUGUGUACGACUGCGUGGCGUGGCACGAUGGUGUCACCUGGAGGGCAGUGGUGGAUACGUCAGAGAGUGGAGACCUGGCGUCCUGUACUGUGCUUAGCUCCUACAGAGAAAGACAGGAGUAUGCAAUGCUUGGAGAUGCUGAGAUGCUCAAUUACUCCAUCAACAUCUAUGAUGAAGGAAAUACUCUCUGCAUUGUCACUAGUGGAGGUGCUCAUGGGACUCAUGUCGCCAGUAUAGCGGCAGGUUACUUCCCUGAGGAGCCAGAGAGAAACGGCGUGGCCCCUGGUGCCCAAAUCCUGGCACUGAAAAUAGGGGAUACUCGCCUGAGCACGAUGGAGACAGGAACAGGCCUCAUCCGAGCGAUGAUCGAGGUCAUUAACUACAAGUGUGACCUUGUAAACUACAGCUAUGGGGAGGCAACCCACUGGCCGAACUCAGGGAGAAUCUGUGAAGUAAUCAGCGAGGCGGUGCAGAAACAUAAUGUCAUGUACGUGUCGAGCGCUGGGAACAACGGGCCCUGUCUCUCCACUGUGGGAUGUCCGGGAGGAACCACGAGUAGCGUCGUAGGUGUUGGUGCUUAUGUCACACCUGACAUGAUGGUGGCAGAAUAUUCAUUGAGGGAGAAGCUGCCUCCUAACCAGUACACGUGGUCCUCAAGGGGUCCCAGUACUGAUGGAGCUCUGGGUGUCAGCAUCAGUGCACCUGGGGGAGCCAUCGCCUCUGUGCCCAACUGGACAUUGCGUGGCACGCAGCUAAUGAACGGCACCUCCAUGUCCUCUCCCAACGCCUGUGGAGGCAUCGCGCUCGUACUCUCAGGUCUGAAGCAGAACGGGAUGCGACCGACAGUUGCAGCUGUGAGACGUGCUUUGGAAAACACGGCCAACAAAGUGGAUGAUGUUGAAGUGUUCGCGCAGGGUCAUGGCAUUAUUCAGGUGGAAAGGGCGUUUGACUACCUCAUGCAGCAUGCUUCCACUCCCACCUAUAAUCUGGGCUUCACAGUCACUGUAGGGAAUCAGCGGGGCAUCUACCUCAGAGACGCCGUCCAAGUCUCCACUCCCUCUGAUCACGGAGUUGGAAUCGAGCCGGUCUUUCCAGAAAACACUGAAAACUCUGUACGAAUCUCGCUGCAGUUACACCUGGCACUCACCUGCAGCACGCCGUGGGUGCAGUGCCCCGCUCACUUGGAGCUCAUGAACCAGUGCCGUCAUGUUAACGUCCGCGUCGACCCACAGGGACUACGAGAGGGCCUGCAUUAUACCGAGGUGUGUGCUUAUGAUACCUCUGCACCCAGUGCCGGUCCCCUCUUCAGAGUCCCCAUAACGGUUAUAAUCCCCACAAAGGUUACAGAGAGCCAGAAUCAGGAGGUCUCCUUCAUGGACGUUCACUUCAGACCAGGCCAGAUACGACGCCAUUUUAUCACCGUCCCUCAAGGAACCUCGUGGGCAGAGAUCAUGUUAACGUCUCGCUCCCCUGAUGUCUCCUCCAAGUUCGUCCUCCAUGCCGUGCACCUGGUGAAGCAGAGGGCUUACCGAGCUAAUGAGUUCUACAAAUUCUCCUCGUUGCUGGAGAAGGGCUCGCUCACAGAGGCGUUCCCUGUGCUGCCUGGAAGAACGGUAGAGGUGUGCAUCGCUCGUUGGUGGGCCAGUCUUGGCGAUGUCAUCGUAGAUUAUACCAUUUCCUUCCACGGGCUGCGAACGUCUCCCUCUCCUCUUCAUAUACAUGCUUCUGAGGGCAUAACCAGUUUUGAGGUGUCGUCUCCUGUUAGAUACGAGGAGGUCUCCCCAACCAUUACUCUGAAGAACUGGGUGCAGCCCCUUAGGCCAAUAAGUUCCAAAACAAAAGCUCUUGGCUCCAGAGACGUAUUACCCAACAAUCGUCAGCUUUAUGAAAUCGUCCUUACGUACAGCUUUCAUCAGCCUAAAAGUGGAGAGGUGACCCCCAGUUGUCCGCUACUGUGUGAGCUGCUGUACGAGUCGGAGUUUGACAGCCAGCUCUGGCUCCUCUUUGACCAGAACAAGAGACUCAUGGGCUCGGGAGAUGCUUAUCCUCACCAGUACUCUUUGAAGCUGGAGAAAGGGGACUACACCAUCCGGCUGCAGGUUCGCCACGAGCAGCAGAGUGAGUUGGAGCGGCUGAAAGAUCUGCCUUUCGUAGUGUCUCAUCGCCUCUCCAACACCCUGAGCCUGGACGUGUACGAGACACACCGGGCGGCCAUGCUGGCGAAGAAGAAAGCAAACUCGCUCACUCUUGCACCAGGAACCUCGCAGCCAUUCUACAUCACCUCUCUAUCAGAUGACAAGAUACCUAAAGGUACAGGUCCAGGGUGCUACAUGACCGGCUCUCUGGUUGUACCGAAGAGCGAGUACGGGAAAAAAGCAGGCCAAGCCUCAGCCAAACGACAAGGAAAAUUUAAAAAGGACAUAGUGCAAAUUUUCUACCACCUGAUCUCGGCCCCUAACAAAUCAAAGAACGGAGGAAAAGAGAAGGACAAGGACGGGGAGAAAGAGAAGGACGUGAAGGAGGAGUUCUCCGAAGCCCUCCGAGACUUGAAGAUCCAGUGGAUGACGAAGUCAGUCCGGGAUUUCGCUACUUUCUGUUUACCAGUCCUGCUUUUUUUUUUCUUUUUUUUUCGCACACGUUUUGUGAACUCACUUUUCUUUUUAACCCUCAGGUUGGACAAUAAUACGUUAUAUGAUGAACUGAAGGAGAACUUUGCAAAUUAUCUCCCUCUCCAUGUCCAACGACUGCAUCAGCUGGAUUCAGAGAAGGAGCGACUGAAGCGAUUGCAAGACAUCAUGUCAGCAGCAGAUAUUGUUAUUUCUCACAUUGACCAGACUGCACUGGCAGUGUAUCUCACGAUGAAGACAGACCCUCGUCCAGACGCAGCCUCUAUAAAGAGUGAUAUGGAGAAGCAGAAGUCGUCCCUGCUGGACGCUCUCUGUAGGAAAGGCUGCGCUCUGGCUGAUCAGCUCAUGCAGCCUCCAGAGCAGGAGGGGGCGAGCGCGAACGAGGUGGGCAGCUCUGAAGACGACCCACACGGCGUGACUAAAGCACUGACCGACACUUUCUGGGAGGUUCAAAAGUGGGUCGACCUCACCGACUCUAAGGUUCUGUUGUUUUCCUACAAACAUGCCUUAGCAAAUAAAAUGUAUGGAAGAGCUUUGAAAUACGCUUCGAAAAUUGUAGAAGACAAACCCAGCAAAGAAAACUGGAAGAACUGCAUUCAGCUGAUGAAGUCUCUGGGCUGGAUGCACUGCGCCACCUACACUGAAAACUGGCUUCCCAUCAUGUAUCCCUCAGACUACACACCUUUUUAAACCAGAUAACACAGGAUCUCCUCCUGCAAAUGCAGUACCCGAUUUUUAAAGACUCUUGAUGUGGUCCAACGUGGAUCCCAGUAAGCCUUUUUUUUGUUUGUUUUUUUUUGUUGUUUGUUUUUUUAAAAACAAAACUCAAUUUCACUCAGAACUGCAAGUUCACAUGGAGCAUAAAUGUCCACAUUUCAAUACCAUAUCAAAAUCCUUCAGUCGCAGGUUUCUCUGUGACUGUCCUGUAUGAUUGUAUAUUUUGUGGAUAAGGAGUUAUUUCUCCUCUUUCAGUAUGUAUAGAGGGAGGAGUUGCUGCUUACUCGCCAUUUUUUUGAGUGAUGUGUCGUCCCAGAUCGCCUCCUGUAGAGUGUGGUGUGUUGUGUGUGUUUGUUUGUUUUUGUUUUAUCAUUUGGAGUGCCAAUUUAUUUAAUUUUUUCCAUUAAAUGCAGGAGGGAGUAAGCGUAGGACAUCCUCUAAUGAUCGAACUGUGUUUAAACAUAGGAACCGGAGUCACAAUACACAGUUAUAUAAAGGCAAUAUAAAUAUAUGUAAUCUUACUUUUCCCCUGAUCUACAGUAUAUGAACAAUGUAUGCAUGUUUUUAUAAAGUCUAAGAGGUUGUUUUUGGCCUGAAGGCUUAUAGCUUUCAGUCCGUUAUAUCAAGAGGAAAUUGAACUGGGUCUUUAUACUGUAUUAUGGAGUGUUGCCUUUUUAUGAGUGAAAGUAGUGCGUGUGCGAGCGAGUGAGUGUACAAAAUGUGUGUUUUUAAUUUAUUUAUUUUUGGAUGCAUAUGUUUAUUUAGUCUGCCUGGCACACUGGUUCUCUUCCUGUUUUAUUAUAGUCCCAUUUAGCAGUUUCUACAAAUGGCAGCGUGGUCAUGGCACUGCAAUAGCACACCUUUUU